AUGGAUACAACACCUCUGCUCAGCAACGGCGGCCCGGCCCUGCUCCGAGACCAUCCUGUCUUCCUCCGCGUCAGCCAUUCUCCGUGGUCCCUCAUACCGCAAAACGUGCUCUCCUUUGUCCGCGGCUUCAUCCUCGCCUAUCUCACAGAUCCUGGAUCCUCAGAUCCAAAUAACCCCUCGCUCUCAAUCAUAGCCGCAACGGCGACAAACUGGCGACUCUUCUUUGAGUUUCCCAUCAUCAGCUUUGGCCUGGUUCUUUGGUACUUCAUAGUCACAUUCUCAUGGACAUUUACCCACUUGUACUACCCGGAUGCCGACGACGUCGAUGGACGGGUUGAAUACGCCAUCGUCAGGGCCAUGUCCUUGCCCAGAGACCUGGGUAACCUACGCUACCAGUUCUACUUCACCUUGUUCUACUUUACUACGGUCGCCUACUCUUUCAUGAACUCGGCGAUAUACUGGUUUGUUACGCGGCCGCAUGACUUGGUGCAUGGUGUCUUGGGGCUCUUUAGCCAAGGAUAUCCUAACGAAAUCAAGUUGUGGGAUGCGACGGCACUGAGACUCGCUGGUCCAUUCAGCGACAUCUUUGGCGAGGGGUGGCUCCGGGCCUUUUCCCUCAUCAACCUGUACGCGGUCACGCCAGGCAUCAUGGUGGUUGAGAUACUCUUCCUCAACAGCAUCAGGCGCCCCAAUGGCAUCGGCGGCUAUCUCUUCGCCCUCCUGGUAUUUGCUGCCCUCUACAUCGGCUGGGCGUUCAUUGGUCACGCCGCCACCGACGUCUGGCCAUUCUUCUUCUUUGACGCGGCAGAGGUCGGCUCGACUGAAGCGGUGGUAGCAUACAGCAUUGGCUUCGUCCUGCUGGCCCCCAUUGCCCUCAUCUUCAUGCAGGGCUUCGUUGGCGUGCGGGAGUCGCUGGUCCGACCCUACGUCAUCAUCCAGGACUCUCUUGAGGCCUAG